AAACAGCAUAUGACUUUCAAUACUGUGGGGAUGGAAACCAUUUCAAGAUAUUUGGACAUCAGCCAGACCUUCACCCUAAUAUGCUGCUUCUCCUGUAUUUUCUUGCAAACAGAAGGGAACAGCACUUCCUGGAUGGUCGGGAGCACAGUGACCCUGCACUGUAGCAAUAACUCAAUCAGCAACCUCCUUCAACUGACAUGGAGAAGGAAUGGGACUCAUCUGUUUAGUUUCAAGGCACAGAAAACCUCAAACAACAGCUCUGUGACCUUAAGCAGUAAUCAGAAAACAUCAGACAGCAGAAUAAUAAGGUCUUCUGCAGCUGCCAUCCUGAAUCUAAGCAUGUCCACCUUAAAAAGCCAACUGUAUGCACUAAUCAUAGAGAGAGCUCAGAAAUCUCAUGAAGGAAACUACACUUGUGAAACGACCACAGACUCAGGAGUCUUCGAACAGAAAUGGGAGCUCAUGAUUACAGAAGACGCUGAAGCUGGAAAUCCAUUGAAAAUCCAUAUUGCUGCAAUUAUGGUAGCUUGUGUGUGUUUCCUGAUCUUUAUCAUUUGUGCUUUGACCUUUCUGAGACAAAUCUGCAAAAGACAGUCAGAAAAUAUCACCCAACUGACUGUGACAUCGCCAGAACAUCUUUAUGAAAACCCCCUUGAACUUGAAGCUCGCCAGCGACGUUUCCAAAACCAGGUUCUCCCCUACACAAAGAGGACUGAGCAAUAAGAAUCACAUAAAGUAAAAAAGAAUAGAAAUGAAGAGCACAUUGUGUACUGAAAUCCAUUAAAUUUGUUUUUU